CUGAAUUCUCCUAAUUCCUUGCAGUUUCUAUACUAUAGUAAAUUUCCAAAGGAAAAACGAUGACAUUUAAGAAAGACUUUAAACAACAAAUGGUGCCUGAAUGGGAGAAAGAGUACAUGAACUAUGAAAGCCUCAAGAAAUUAUUGAAAGAAGUCAAAAACAGUAAAAAAGCUAAAGACAAUAAGCACUUACAGCACAGGUUCAGCCUUGAAAGAGCAUUUAGUGGAAUACACUUGCAUGGUGGUAGCAAACAUCAAAGAGAUGAAGAUAUUGAAGACCAAGUUAUAGAAGUUAAGACAUUAGAGAUAGAUGGUUCCAAACAGUUGUAUGAGACAAAGUUGAAUGAAGAAAGAGGAGAAGCUGAAGAAAGGUUUUUUGAGAAGCUUGAUGAAGAGCUUAAUAAGGUUAAUGCCUUUUAUAAGGAACAAGUGGAGGCAGCUAAAAAUGAAGCAAUCCUUUUGAGUAAACAAGUUGAGACUUUGGUUGCUUUGAGGGUAAAGGUUAAAAGCCUUGAUUCAGGAUUGCAGCAGAAAGAGUCUAUGAUGAGCACUGAAGUUGAUCCUAAUCAACAGACCAAUAGAAGUACUCAUCAUGAUGAUGAAGCACACAGUAAUUACAAAAGAAGUGACCCUAUGGAGAUCCUUGAGCAUGUAAAGAUUGAUAAUGCUCUUGAAUCUCCAGUGACAAUUAAAAAUGUUUUUACAGAUUCGAAUGAUAAUAAUGAGUUAAGUUUCAACAAAGAAGAGCUGAGAAAAGUCGAAAAGCAACUGAGACUUGUGUUUGUUGAAUUCUAUCAGAAACUCCUUCAUCUCAAAGAUUACAGUUUUAUGAAUCUAUCAGCAUUUUCCAAGAUCAUGAAGAAGUAUGAAAAGAAUGCAUCAAGAGGAGCUUCAGCAGCAUACAUGAGAGUAGUAGACAACUCCUAUCUUGGCACUUCUGAUGAGGUAAAUUUUCUUUUGGAGAAAGUGGAAUCUACCUUCAUCAGAAACUUCACACAUUCAAAUCACAAGAAGGGAAGGAAAUUGUUAAGGCCAAAAAUGAAUAGACAAAGGCACAGGAUAACAUUUUUUACUGGUUUCUUUUCUGGUUUCUUUGUUGCUCUACUAGUUGCCACAAUAUUAAGAAUAGUAUCUCAACAUUUAAUGGACAAAAAAGUAGGGACAUUUUACAUGGAAAAUAUUUUUCCAUUAUACAGUCUAUUUGGAUAUAUCACUCUACAUAUGCUAAUGUUUGCUGCAAACACAUAUUUUUGGAGGCGAUAUCGGAUCAACUAUCCAUUCCUAUUCGGCAUCAAAUCUGGAACUGAGUUGGAUCAUAGAGACAUAUUCCUUCUCACAACUGGCCAUGCAGUGAUUGCAGUACUAUGUUUCUUGAUAAAUUUGCAACUUGAGAUGAACCAAAAGGAAAGAAGCUAUAAAACAGCCACUGAACUUGUUCCUCUGAGUUUAAUUGUGCUAGUUAUUUUGAUCGCCUUUUGCCCUUUCAACAUCAUAUACCGGUCAAGUCGUUUCUUCUUUCUCCGGAGUUUAUUCCGCUGCAUAUGUGCUCCUUUUUUCCCGGUUACACUUAUGGAUUUUUUCUUGGCUGAUCAGCUUACCAGUCAGUUCCAAGCCUUCAGAAGCAUUGUGCUUUACAUAUGCUAUUAUGGCCUUGGAGAACAUUCAAGGAGGCAAAAUAAAUGUAGAAGUCAUGGUAUCUAUAAUGUACAGUACUUCAUUGUUGGUGUGAUUCCUUAUUGGUUUCGCUUGGCGCAGUGCAUGCGUCAAUUGUAUGAUGAGAGAGAAAUCGACCACGCAAUCAAUGGUUCGAAGUAUCUAUCAACAAUUAUUGCCAUGGUGAUUAGAACUACCUUUGAAACAAAGAAAGCAAUGACAUGGAAAGUGUUGGCACUUAUAAGUUCAGCUGUUUCAAUACUGCUGAACACAUAUUGGGACAUUGUUAAGGACUGGAGUCUUCUGCAAAGACAUUCAAAGAAUCCUUAUUUGAGGGAUAAACUCGUAGUUUCUCACAAAAGUGUCUACUACAUAGCCAUGGUCGUGAACGCUGUUCUAAGACUUUCAUGGAUGCAGUUGGUGCUUGAACUGCAUUGGCGCCCCUUACAUAGAGUGGCGAUCAUUACAUUUAUUUCUUGCCUUGAAAUUAUUCGCCGUGGCAUUUGGAAUUUCUUUAGGUUUGAGAAUGAGCACUUGAACAAUGUCGGAAAAUACCGCGCAUUCAAGUCGGUACCUCAUCCUUUCAGUUAUUAUGAUGAUGAUGAUGAAGAAGGAGAUGGAAAUGGCAAGGAUGAAUAAUUUGCAUGCUGCUUCAAUUCAAAGCAAAUUUAAAGAAUGUGUUGUAAUAAUUACAGGUUUAAAUCAAUAAUUCAACAUAUCAAAUAUUUUUGCAGCAUUUUUAUCUUAUGAGUUGUAUCUAACAUGUAAUUGAUGCUUAUUGUGUCUAAUAUACAAC